CAGACAUACUGCAAACUCUCCACAGGAAACUCUGAGCCAUAAUGCGAAGGCACCUCAGAGCAGACGGGUGCAUUGCUCAAACCAAGUGGGAUACGCUGCGGCUUUGAUAGUGCGUUAAUUACUCAUGUGAUGUGAUACAGAUGUCUGGGGGCUUCAGCCGAAAGUUUGCCUGACGGUUUCCAAGGGGGCCAGGCAGACAUUUUAGAAGCGUGAUAUAUCGGGACUCUCUUUCAAUCAGCAAAAUCAAAGCACCGAAUGUGUUCCAUAAUGGGCACCCCAGUUGUGCAUAUGUUGGUGCUAAUGGCCUGUAUGGCGGCCAGAGGAAUGUGCCAGAUAAACAGAGCUGAAGCAGAAUCGGGCUCUCUCCCAGACUUUCUCGUCCACUCCACCCUCCAGUCUCCAGGAUUCUACAGCACCAUCAGUCCCAGCACGGGGCCCGGUCUAGACCUGGGGACCCCAGGUGUUGCCGCACAAGCUGUAGUGUCUGGCUCUGCAAAUGAAUCUGUCAUAAGGAAGCCAGUAAAACCUCCAAUGUGCCGUGUAAUUACAUCCAUUCAGGACUAUUUCAAGUACAUCAACACCAUAAUAUCUAUUAUUGUGUUUGUGGUCGGCCUGGUCGGCAACGCCACCCUGCUUAGGAUUAUAUACCAGCACAAGUGCAUGAGGAACGGGCCCAAUGCACUCAUUGCCAGUCUGGCACUUGGGGACCUUAUCUACAUAACCAUUGAUAUACCCAUCAAUGUAUUCAAGCUCCUGGCUUCACGCUGGCCAUUUGAGGAAAGUAUGUUUGGCCUAUGUCUGUGUAAGCUGGUUCCCUUCCUGCAGAAAGCCUCUGUUGGCAUCACCGUCCUCAACCUGUGUGCUCUUAGCGUAGACAGGUACAGAGCCGUUGCAUCCUGGAGCAGAGUGCAGGGAGUUGGCAUCCCUUUGUUAACAGUCAUUGAAAUUGUGUCCAUCUGGUUGCUGUCACUCAUCCUGGCAGUACCAGAGGCUGUUGGCUUUGACAUGGUCACCUUCAACUACAGAAACGAAACCAUACGCACCUGCAUGCUAUACCCCAAGUCUGACUUCAUGCUGUUCUACAGGGAAGCAAAGGACUGGUGGCUAUUUGGCUUCUAUUUUUGUGUACCAUUGCUCUGCACCGCCGUCUUCUAUACGAUGAUGACAUGCGAAAUGCUCAACCACAGGAACGGCAGCCUGCGAAUAGCCCUCAGUGAGCACCUCAAACAGAGGAGGGAGGUGGCCAAAGCCGUCUUCUGUCUUGUCCUCAUCUUUGCCCUCUGCUGGUUCCCUCUGCAUCUCAGUAGGAUCCUUAAGAAGAUGGUUUAUUACCAGAAUGAUGACAUGCGCUGUGAGCUUCUCAAUUUCCUUUUGGUCCUGGACUACCUUAGUAUCAACCUUGCAACAAUCAACUCCUGCAUAAACCCCAUUAUACUCUACUUUGUCAGCAAGAAGUUCAAAAACUGCUUUAAGUCGUGUUUGUGUUGUUGGUGUUACUCUGACAACCAGCUGAGCAGCAUCGGACCCAUGAAUGGUACCAGUAUCCAGUAUAAAAGCCCUGAGCCUAACAACCUCCACACUGACCGCAGCAUCAGAAAAGACAGCGACUGAUUACUCACCUGUGGAGGAUUUCCAGGCCCUUUCAUAUAACCAGCAAGCUUCAAAAAUGCAACCACUGCUCACCACAAAAUAUUUACAUAAAAAGCAGACCAUAAAUACACAUCCUUAGGACCACUGAAGCUGUACCGUGAGCCUGGCUGGGACAGAAUAGGAACUGGACUUAAAAGGAACAGACAAUGGAUUUGGCGUACAAUGCUCUGAAGUUGCCCGAGCCUCUCAGCAGGCCAGACUUCCUAAAACAAACUCCUUGUGUUCCCACACCCAAGGACAGUACGGCUGUAGCGUGAGAGUAAAAGGGGGCGAGUGGGAUGAAGAGGAGGAGGACUCUUUAACAGGAUGCAGCUGAACGGUGACUAUAAAUUACCCUCAAUUAGUAUCCGAGCCUGCUAUUCCUGUAAAGGGCAGAACUUCUGGGAAGGAUGCACAAAGCUACAGGAAGGAAAAAAGCAGACUGCUCGCUGUCAGAGGGAAUGAUGUGAGAUGAAUAUGUGCCGUCCCCAGGAGUUUACUACUCAGUGACGGUGGAAAACAGGAAAGCAUGUUACUGACUUGAGCAUCAAUUCAUUUCCAUUAAACAUGCGUGUCUCUGUACAGUGUAUUUUACUCACACUCAUUAUUCAUUGAACCACUUUGUGGUAUAAUUAGAAGAAUGUUUUAAGGUUAAUUUGCUUGAUGUUUGGCUCUUUUUUAGUAUCUGUGUGUAAAACAGUGACUCCCAAACAAAAAUUCAUCCAUAGAUUGACAUAAUGGCCAUUUCUGCUUGAAUCACUUAGCUCUAAACUUACGGUUAUUAUUCCAGAAAUGAAUUAAAUUGUGUCUGCUGUCAGAAUAUGCCAAAAUACAGUGGCACAGAAUCAACUACAGGGUUGUAAGUUUUAGACAGAAUAUGGUACAACUCUGUGUUUUUAUACCACAUGUCAAGCAAAUGAUCAAUAUGAAGUAAAUGCAUUAUGACAGGUUUGAUAUCACCACUCACCCAAAAGUGGACCGGAAUGAGGUUUUUUCUUCAACACUGUGAAUUUUGCUAGACGUAAUCAACAAUUAUUGUGACAUUUAAGCUUGUAUAAUCUAUGGAAUAUAUAUGUAUAGUGUCCACUUUUAUAAAGUGUUUUAUUUUGCAGUAACCAUUACUAUUUUACUUAGACCACAUUACCUGUGUAAUGACAGAGGCAGAGGGGUUUUGGGUGACAGCAGACACCCAACUCAGAUGUAGAAGUAGAAGUAUGGAUAUAGUAAAGAAGGAAUAGUUAGACAUUUUGAGAAAUCCACUCAUUUGCUUUCUUGGCAUGGCAGGAAAGAUGUCAGUCUAAUAUCUAUCACUUAAACAUGAAGCUCCACCAACCUGUAAAGCUCACAAAAUCAAAGCGUAUAUUUUGUAGUUUCUGCCAAUCAGCUGUUGGCUGUAGCUAACUGGCUAAUAUCACAAAUGAGAGUGUGUGAGCUUUAGAUUAUUUAGCAGCAACUACCACAGCUGGAAACUGAAACCACAAAGUGCAAUGCACUAUAGAAUCUAGUUCCAACCUAUGGUCUCAAUUGCUAAAUUCAGGCACUCAAAUAAGACUUGUGGUGCUCAUUUUGGAAAUGAUGGCUCCAUUACUAAGAUUUGAAGACUUAUAGUAGGCUAUAAUGACUGGUUUGUGGGUGUUGAUUGACAGCCGUGGUUGACAGCUGGCUCAACUGCCCUUUUCAGCACACUUUAGCUAAAGUGGUGUUCAGUGUGCCCAGUAAGCUACAGCAUGCACUUCAGUCUGAGAUAGUGCAGCAUGCUUGCAGAGCGGGAAAGGCAAUGCCCUGCACUGCUUAUUUGGAAGUUCCUGUAAAAGUUUGGACUUCAAACCAGCUCCAAUGAAAAGUAAUAUAACACACCUUGUUACAUCCAUCUUUGUACAGCAAAUGCAUUAAAUCGAGUUAGGCUAACUUUUUCUUAUCAUUUCCAGUCUUGAUGAUAAGCUAAAAUAAGCUGUUGGCUGUAGCUACAUGUCUAACAGACAAACACGAAAGCCUCAUCUAUCCUAUUAUUUGUCUCCCUGCAAGACAGCAACUAAGCAUGUGUCCCAAAAUGUCUCACUUUUCCUUUAAUGUGGAAAUCAUACUCAACUACCAAAGAACUAUAAUGCCUUAGAUUAUUUGAUAUGUGAAUACAUGUAAACCUGUGUGUGUUUGAUUGUGUUAGCAUGUGUGUGCGUGUGUGUAAGUGAUGUGUGUAUAUAUAAUUGCACUUCUUUACUUGGAGUGUUUUGCACACUGUGUACAGAAGAACAGGCUAUAUCUGUACAGUAUUAUUUUACCACUAUCCAUCAAAGCCAUUCAUAAUAAUCUUUAGAAAAUGGAAUUCAUAUGUUUUUUUCUCAUUGAUUUAACAUGUUAACCUCAUGUUAGUUCUGCUGCUUAUACCAAUAAAUCAAUUUCCAUCUCCAGUGUAA